UGGAGGAGGAGAUGUUUAACUGGAAAGCACAAGCCGCUGAGCCUGCCAAGAAGAUAUCUUACGCUGAAGCGAGCAAGCGAAACCUGCCUGGAUUCGGUGAGAAUCUCGUUGAGUUCAUGAAGACCGGGGAGGACGUGGAACAACCGAGACGAACGUUCAAGAAGUACUACGGCCUACCGUUUUUCAUCCCAUCCGGACCACACCAACAGUCAGUCGUCGUUCACAUAGCUUGCCAGAUUUUAAGCUGACACUAACGUACGUUUGUUGCGGUCUUAGGGGCCUCGAGACGCAUGAAGAGAAGGAAGCGCAACCUGCCGUU